CCCUCGAGGGAAUCUUGAACAAACGUGUGGAGUAAUACUUGACAGUCUUGAUCGACUUAUUGCAUGCUGUGCUUAACGGGUAAUUAAGUGCCUACGGAAGUUCCGGCAGCGAUUAAAAUAAUUUAAAAACAGAGGCAUCUUUUGCCUUAAAGCCUACAUGUAUAAUGUUGUUUUUCUGUGCUUCCACUAGAGGGCGAUAGUGUAGAAGUAGUGAGUGAGAGAGCCUAUGGGUGUUUUUCGCCCCAUGCCAAACGAUACAGCCGAAUGUUGACCAUCUACUCCGAGGGAAACAUAAUAUUGGCAGAAUAUUUACAUCGUUUUCACAGUUGCUAGGCUAAAGCCGUCGUAGUACUUUGUCUAUUGUAAUGUCAGCUGUUUAAGCCAUACGCCUAUAACAUGUAUCCAUAAGGCUACACAUCUGAUACAUGUUUUUUAUCGUUUGAGAACUUCUAAAUGAAAAUUAAGGGACAAAUAAAAACUUGCACUAUUUCAGGUGCUAAAUAUUUCAGUUUGGACUGCCUCAAGAUUCCUUACUGUUGUAUUGGAAGACAUUAAGCUAUCGUCUUAAAUAUGUUAACCACUGAUAUUUAACAGGCAGACGACAAAGUAGUUCAUAAAUGACCACAUGCGCAACACAGAAAAUGUUGAAGGUAAACUACUCCGUUGAAAAUACUGUUUGUUUGUGCUGCUAAUCCUGAUAGUACGGUAAAUGGGCGUGUCACUCAUGGUUCACCUGUCUGGAGUUUUAAGUUACAGUGAACGCUCCGCCAAGUCACUGAUACAGCGUGCUGGCUUUGUACAGUCCACACUGACUUUUGUCUGGCUGCGGGACGCUUGGAAGAUUGGAUCAGACUGAACAAAACGGGAUCCUUAGUUGAUCUAGCUACUGAUGUUUGGAUAUUUCACGAGUUGUUUAUCAGCAGAGAAUGCACUGAUGGUUAAUUCACACUGAAAAACUUCGUUGGAGCUUUACAUUUCCAAUCGGCUACGUUAAUGAACUGGGGUUGACGUUUUGUGGAUGCUCUUGAAAAGAAAAGGACAACCCAGUUUUAAAACGACCGUCUGAUAACUAGUGUACUGUCGUUUACGGAGCACCAGUUGCUGCCUAUUUUAAUGGGCUGGGGUAAUUUAAUCGCUUUUUGAAUUAUUUAUUAAUUUGAUAGUUUUGUUUUACUAUAAUUUCAAUGAUGGACUACGAGAACGGGUUGCCAGAUUUUAAGGAUCUUGAGAUCAAGUUGGGUCGCAAAGUUCCAGAAAGUCUCAUUCGAUCUUUUGCCGAGGGUGAUCUUGCAACUAAAAGUGAGGAAGAGAGACUGGAGACGCCGGUGAACGUGAAGAACCACACGUCUUCGGACUUGAAACGACUGGAGAGCAAGAUGUUAUUUUUAAAACAGGAAAUGGCGCACCUACGUGCUAUCGACGUGAAGCUGAUGCACCAGCUCCUGUCCAUCAAUGAGGGCAUUGAGUCCAUCCGUUGGGUCAUGGAAGAGAGGGCGGGCGUGGCCAGCCACGACAGCAGCCUGACGGGCAGCCUGUACAGCCUAUCAGACAGCCAGGAUGCCUCCCAGGGCGGGAGCUGCAGCAGCCUCCACAACUGCAGCGACAGCCUGGACGGGAUCUCCGUGGGCAGCUACCUGGACACGCUAGGAGAGGAUAUCCCUGAGCAUCCGUCGCCGACGGACAUGAUGGACGAGUUUUCCGACAAACCCGCCAUGGAUGAGGACGUUCUCAAGAAAUCGGACCUGCUACGCCCGAGAGUAGAGACGGACGAGUACUAUAUUUUUGGUUGAUUAUCUGUGUUGUUUUGGCUCACUAUUGCUAGCCUCCUGUGGGCUGGGACAGUCCCCUUGUGUUGGACUCUUCCCAUCUCCCGACCCCCCCCCCCCUCCCCAUCUCCACCCCCUAUGUUAGCUGCUGAUGACUGCAAUGUUGAAACGUCAUUGCUGCAACUCUUAAGCCCAGAUAGUGGGGGUAAUUAGUGUCCUAAUCUACCCCUGGUCCAGCUCUCAUCUGGUCACCGAAUUUGCCCUGAACCAGCCUAGAAUUGGCCUGCAGUGUGGGGGAGGUCACUGGGUUUCUCUGGCUGAACCUGUUGCCUUCCCCCUAAAGUCUGCAUUAAUCCCCCCCCACUACCCCCAGAAAAUACACCAUCAACCCAAACCCGCUUAACCCGUAUGGCAUCCUGGCCACUGCCACUGUGUGUUGGUAGUAACAGGGUGUAAAGGUCAUGGUAAUGGCCAUCUCAAGACCACACUCGGCAUCUUGUAUCUCCAAGACCCAAAUGUCCCAUCUGGGAUGCCUUAUUGUCUUACUCGUGUGCUCUUAUGUUGUCCUCCAAAGACUGCUCCUGUGCCUGUGUCUUACCCCC